GUUCCGAAUUCUUGACAAAUGAAGGCAUAAUCACGUUAGGUAUGUAGGUCAUCAACUGACCGAGGGGCGUGUACAUUCAUUGUGCGCCUUUAACGCGCGCUUUUCUACGCACAGUGAAGCCUACGCACAGCACCUUCAUAAGUGAUCCAGGACAGGCUAGAUGCUAAAGUAGCCCCAGCGUUAGCAUUGAACGCCGUAUAACUACAAAAGACGCGGUAUCCCUAAAGCGAACUGUUUGAAACCGGCGGUCUACACGUCCAAGGGGAAGUGCCAUUGGCCUGCGACUGCGUAGUGUUCAGCAACAAACUUUGCUAUGGGCAAAAAGUCACGCGAAGAGGACUCCUCAUCCUCUGAUGAGGAAGAAUAUGUUGUGGAGAAGGUGCUGGACAGGAGGGUGGUGAAAGGCAGGGUUGAGUUCUUCCUGAAGUGGAAAGGAUAUUCAGAAAAGCACAACACCUGGGAACCAGAGAAGAAUCUGGACUGCCCUGAGCUUAUUUCAGAAUUCAUGAAGACUUACAAGAAAAGCAGCAGCAGCGGCAGUGGUGGUGGAAUCUCCACUCCUAGCAGUGGGGGCAGCAAAUCAGUCACAUCCUCCUUGGCACGCUCCAAAGACUCAAGUAGCUCGAAGAAGAGAAGCUCUGAUGAUGAGGAGGAGGGCGGAAGUAAGCCCAAGAAGAAGAAGGAGGAGGACAUUCUAGUUGCACGUGGCUUUGAGAGAGGACUUGAGCCAGAGAAGAUCAUUGGCGCAACUGACUCAUGUGGAGACCUAAUGUUUCUUAUGAAGUGGAAAGACUCAGAUGAGGCUGAUCUUGUACUUGCAAAGGAGGCCAAUCAUAAGUGCCCACAAAUUGUCAUAGCGUUCUAUGAGGAACGUCUCACCUGGCAUGAAGACAGUGACAAGAAGGAGAAGGAUGUCGUCAGUGCAUGAGUGCAUCACCUCAGGAGGAAACCGUACCACCUCCACUACAGGGACAACCUUGAGUCAGACAUUUUUCACACCCAAACCUCCCAUUCUUGCGCUUCACCAUGUCCAACAAAGACAG